UCGUCGUCCGAGAGCAGGAGGAUGCUGCCGGCUCUGGCCGCCCAGCGCAGGGGAUGGGGCUGCUUUUAUCAACUCCAUCUGCUGCGGCGGAGGGGCCAGGGCCAGGCGGGGGUCCCGUUCGUCCGGGCAGGCUGCCACGGUUGGCAGAUGCCCAUUAAAUUUGGAAGUCUUUCGCCCAUGCUGCCACGUUGGCGUCUGCCUGUUUAUUCAAGUCAAGUAAGAGUUUAUACUUCUGAUGGUAAAAAAAAUAGCACAGGAACUGAAGAUGCAAGUUCCUCAACCCAUGAAGGCAAUGCACCAAAAACAGCAACAGCCCGGGAUGCUAGCAGUCAAACAUCAGUUUUCUCACAACAACCAAUUCAUGUAAAAGUGAAGGCCGUGCUUAAAAAGAGAGAAUAUGGACCAAAAUACAUGAAGAAUAAUUUCAUCACUGGUGUCAGAGCGAUAAACGAGUUCUGUCUUAAGUCCAGUGACCUUGAUCAGCUCAGGAAGAUCAGACGGCGAAGCCCUCAUGAUGACACAGAAGCUUUUACUGUGUUUUUGAGAACAGAUGUGGAGGCCAAGUCUUUAGAAGUCUGGGGAAGUCCGGAGGCUCUCGCUCGGGAGAGAAAAAGGCGUAAAGAAGCAGAAAUAGAAUACAGAGAAAAUCUGUUUAAAAAUCAGAAGUUGUUGAAAGAAUACAAAGACUUCUUAGGAGAAACUAAGCCGCGGUCCAGAACAUCAGCUAUAUUUCUGAGUGGACCAGGAAAAGUGGUGAUGGUUGCCAUUUGUAUAAAUGGCUUGAAUUUUUUUUUCAAGCUUCUUGCCUGGGUUUACACAGGUUCUGCAAGCAUGUUCUCUGAAGCCAUACAUUCUUUAGCAGAUACUUGCAAUCAAGCUUUGCUAGCAUUGGGGAUCAGUCAAUCUGUGAGGACGCCCGACCCAAGUCAUCCGUACGGCUUCACAAACAUGCGCUACAUUGCAUCCCUGAUCAGCGGUGUUGGCAUUUUCAUGAUGGGUGCAGGCCUUUCAUGGUAUCACGGUGUUAUAGGCCUACUUAAUCCGCAGCCCAUGGAAUCUCUUCUUUGGGCUUAUUGCAUUUUAGCAGGAUCAUUGGUCUCUGAAGGAGCUACUCUUCUUGUAGCUAUAAAUGAAAUUCGGAGGAGUGCCCGUGCCAAAGGUGUAUCAUUCUAUCAAUAUGUUAUGCAGGCCCGUGACCCCAGUACAAAUGUUGUAUUGUUAGAAGACACCGCAGCAGUUCUGGGCGUGACAUUAGCUGCUACUUGUAUGGGUCUCACUUCCAUAACAGGUAAUCCGUACUAUGACAGUCUAGGAUCUCUCGGUGUGGGAACUCUGUUGGGAGUUGUAUCGGCAUUUCUUAUCUAUACGAACACAGAAGCCCUGCUUGGCCGAUCUAUCCAACCUGACCAGCUGCAGAGGCUUACAGAGUUACUGGAGAGCGACCCUGUAGUAAGAGCAAUUCAUGAUGUUAAAGCUACAGAUAUGGGAAUGAGCAAAGUGAGAUUCAAAGCAGAAGUAGACUUUGACGGACGGGUUGUUACUAGGUCUUACCUGGAGAAACAAGACAUUGAACAGCUGCUACAAGAAAUCCAGCAGGUGAAAACUCUUGAGGAAUUAGAGGCUUUCAUGCUAAAACAUGGUGAAAAUAUCAUUGACACACUAGGAGCAGAAGUAGACCGGCUUGAGAAGGAACUAAAGAAACGGAACCCUGAGGUGCGACAUGUAGAUCUGGAAAUUUUGUAGGCUUCAGGGAAGCAACUUUUAAGAUCUCUCUUCUGGAUCAACUACUUUGAGGAAGGGGACAGCAUCGGAAACUGCAGGGAUCUCAAGAUGUUGCUGUGUUUCAGCUUCCAGAUUUUAGUGCUGAUUCUUUUUUUCUGGAAGAGCAAUGGCUUUUUUGGAUCGGUUUCCCGGGACAGCUGCUUGCCAUCUCUUUAUAUGUGAACCUGUAGUACAGAUGAAUAUUUGGGACUAGAAACUUUAAAUUAAAUAAGUUAUUGAAAUGUCAGUUUCUGAAAAAUACACACUAUAUCUUUGCUGCCCUGUUUCAAGUUUUUGUACCUUGUUUGCACAUUAGCUACUAUUUCUAGGCAUUUGUUAGAGAUCUUGGAGAUGUCGCCAUGCCCGUUUAAAGGCUGCUAAUCUUCUUGAGUCAAAUUAAUGUAUUCCGUUUCUGUAGCUUUUCUUGUAUGAACUCAGAACCCUUUUCUGUUCCUCUGUAUCAUGAGCUGGAAACUUCCUCCUUGUGGUGUUUGGUGGUGCUUGACUGCUUGACAACUUUAGAGAUUGGACCAAUUGGAAUACUGCCAUGUGUUGCCCUAGAGCAACCCAAGACAUUGUGUCAAAUGGUUCUCCAUAGGUGGGCUCCUAUGGUUCUUUUCUUACAUUAGUGUUGUGGCCCCAGCAAAGCCUGCAACUUUGCCCCUGGGAUCAGGGCAGAUUGCGUGGUUUUGUUGCUAUGGCAGUGGCAUGUACUCCUAAUGGGCAAUUUGCCCUAACCACAUGGAUAGAAGUAGGAGGCGUCGCCGUGAGAGGUCUGGGAGCAGCUAUGCAAUGCUAGCAGCCAUGCUUCCAGGGGGGGGGUAACAUGGAGAUAUGGUGUGUUUUGGCUCCCGCUGCACAAGAACGUUAGGUUUUUUUUAAUGGACUUCCCAACUUGAUUAUUGCUUUCUUUGUAAUGUCUGAAACCAAAACAUGAAAAUUGUUUGUUACACUAUUUGCUUGAUUUAAACAGCCAUUGUUCUUUUAGUUUUCCUCUGUUCUGUGGCAUUCUAUCUAUAUUUUGUUAGAUGCAGGAAGAAAUAUGGUGCGGCACCAUCUGCGUGUUCCUUUCUGCUUUGCUCCUAUCUGCUAGCACAACUAUUAAACCAGGAAGGGUUUACUUAGCAUGUCAUCCAAAGCCAGAAUCCUGAUGGGUUACAGCCCUUAUAAGCUAGAAUUGCAAAUUAGGGCUGGUUCUUGGUUUAUGAUUCCAGCCUCGUUUGAGAGCAGUAAGCCAGAAGUCCUUGAUUUGGACAACAUACUGAACAAAACCUACAUGGUUUGUUUACUGGUUGUUGUUGUAGUAGGGAGGAAUAAAGAGAAAGCAAGCAUUCUUCAUGAACCAGCAUGGAGCUUGUUCAUGAUAAACCAGGAUCCACUGGAAUUUUGGCUUAUUUGUGUGAACAUGGCAGUGGAAUAGAACUUUUAACAUCCUCUAAAAUGCAUUGAGACUAUUUAUAAUACCAGUAGAAUGGAGGUCCAGCAUCCAAAGAAUGGUGCAACUUGUUUCAUAUUGCCAAGAGGGCUUUGGACUUGUGUUUCUGAAACAGCAAGCUGCUUUUGAAACUGAGGGAAGUUUCAAAAGCACUGCAUGAUUAUGUCCUGCGUCUUCUGUUCAAAGGGGGCGAGGGAUACUCCAAAUAGCAGUAAACACCAACAACUAACUGUUUGGAUCCCAGCUAGAAUAUUUAACUUAUUCAUAGCUGGUGCAGCAUAUAUAGCUCUAAGCUGCAGAUGAAGAUUUAUAUUGUGGGGAGUCAAACAGCCACAUUGAAUGUAACGGUUGCUUUCAGUAAUUGUAAAGUAGAAAAUUCAGAACUUGGGCUUGGAAUGGGAGCCUGAAAGAAGUGGCGAUCCAAAUUGCAAGCUCAUAAGCAUGUGUGACAAUCCUGGAACUAUUUUGUUUAAAAGAGUUUUUUUUUUUUUAAAUAAAACUCAGAGAAAAUGUACUCUGAAGGUAAGUGCUUAAGAGGACUGUAGCCUUCACCACUAUCAGAGGCUAAAAUUGAACACAAAUCAUGCAGUCUAAGAGCUGGUUCACACAUGCAUUUACACCACUUGAUUAUUCAGCACAAUGUGAAAACUGACUGUCUCAAAGGAUUGUUUUGGAAGUGGUGCUGUGGUGUAAUGGAACACUUAUCCGAUAUUGAGUCAGUGACGGCUUAUUUGUAGAUUCAUGUUACUUUUUGAUACCUGCUGUCACCUGAUCAGCACCCAUGUGUAAGCCAGCUCUUCAUAACGGAAACAUCAGUGAUAAACUUGCUUUAUGAGCAAAGUAUUUUAUGCACUUUAAAAAUAUUGUUAUUGGAAAAUGUUUGAGCUGAAAGAAGUUUCCCCAACUUCUCAGUGGUGCAGGGUGGCUUUGAUGGCGCUGUGGAAAUCUGCCGUAAAAAGUGAUAUGUAUGGGUGAUAAAAAUUAUGAUGGAGACCAAAAUGUUUCAGCGUUGGCUUAGUUUGUAAGUGUAAAGUGUCACUUCUUGAAUUAAUAGCAGUUUACUUUUUGACACUUGCAUUCAUUUUUUUAGUGUAGUCGUAUUCCAGAUUUUAGGUUUUGGAAACUAAGAUGUACAUAUUGUAAUUAGAGUGUAAUGAUAAUUUUAUUGCAUACAUUUAGAAGUAAAGGAGCUACUCAUAUUUAGUCCUGAUGUUUUCAAGGCAAUUAUUUAGUAAAUGCUUAAUUGCUGCUUGGUGCACACACACCCCCAAAGAAAACAUAUUACAAGUGCCCUAUUCUUAAUCAUGUUUACCUCAAGUAACACUUUAUUGCACACAUAUGCAGGUGCACACACAUGAACGUCUCUGCACACACCUCUCUGGUGGAAACGAGUCAGAGCCUCAUGCAUCCUGAAGUGAAUGGAGAAGAUGUUGCUUCCACAUUCCUUCUGAGUGCCUGCCUCUUUGGUUGUGCAGCUCUAAUCCUUCCAUGGUAGUGAAUGGGGAAAUGUGCUUGUGCUGGAACUGUGUGUGCAUUUAAGGACAUUUGCAGAACUCUGGCUCAAGAAAAGUGCCAGAACAUUUACUUCAUAUAAAAUGUGGCUUGUGGUCAUUUGGAAGCUCUUCCUUGGACUAGUAGGAAUCUCCUCUAAGAAAAUGGGAAGGAAAAUGUAACAAUUUUUUUGGCCAAAAAUUACUUCAGGUCAAACUACAAGCUGUAUUUAUGUAUUGUGUAGCUGACCCCCCUCUUUUGUUGUCUUACUUGAGAGUAAGUGCUCAUGCCCCCAGUUUGGAUGGGACCAACAUGCACCAAGAGGGGAGGAUUAAAUCUCCCCCCCCCCUCAACCAUUUCCUCCCUGAAAUCUCCCCCCACCCCCAUACUAACUCUUGCAGGGUUUUUUUAAAAAAGGGGGGGCUCCCAUUUAAUGGAAAAUUCAUUCUUCAAGAACCAAAUUGCUUGAGGGAGAAAUCCUUCCUAGUGCAUGCUGGUCCCCAUCCAAGUUGAGGCUGUGUGCGUUUACUCUCAAGAAAGCAAGAGGGGUCAUCUGCAUGCUAUGUAAUUAAAGUAACUAGUGUGGUUUGAGUCUUACAUAGUUAAGUUGGUGCAUAGCAGGCUAAUGAUGUGUUUUGUGAACGGCUAAUCUUUGUGGAUUUAUUUGCAAGGUUGACUUCAGACUAUAUCUUUGAUAAUAUAGCUGUAAAUGUAAUUGUUAACAUUGUAUAAUCAAGAGUUAUAUUUUAAAGGCAAGGUGUAAAUAUUUGUAUAAAGGCUCAACUUCGGUGGGUACUUAGUUCUCCUUUGCUGUGCACUGUAAUCUAAAGUGGUCUUCUCAAAUGAUCUUCUGUCACCUUCUAGCAUGCUGGUUAUGUUCUAAUGUGGAAGGUUAAUUUAGUGGUUUUCAAAUUUUGGGGGAAGGCCCUCCUGGGUGUACGAAGUUCGAAGGAGGGAUAGAAUCCUUAGCCUCCUGGACCAUCCCUUCUUGCACCAGCCAAGACUUGACUGGAUUGAAGGUCCCCUGAAAAGUGGGCCUUUUCUGGUCUGCAUUGGAUUUGUGGGAUAAAUGUUCUCCCCUGCCCCAUCAUCUGAACAUGACCCUGGAAGAAGAGCAAUGUUUCAUUUGAAUGUUUUAGUUUGUUUGAAUGGUUUUAGAAUGGCAUCAUUGGUUUCUCCUGUUCUGUUCCCUUUCUAAUGCCACUGUUAGGUAAGCAUUCCCAUCCAUCGUUUCGCGUGCAUGCAACCGUACUUGAGGAUCUCUACAUUCGCCACUGUGGAAGAGUUUUCUGAUGAUGCCUUUGGUGUGAGCAUAAGGAAGAGUUCCCAUGUGUAUAAACACCAAAGAGUUGUUGCAAGCAAUGCAUCAGGAACAUUGUAAAUAAGUGCAACCAAUUGACAGUGAAGUUUGCAAAUAUUUGUGCCCAAAAGCUGAAUGCUCAUGAUGUUGGGAGUUUCUUUGAAUUGUCUGCUACCACAGUAGAAAGGAAUACACUUAAAAGUCUGAGGGUAUCGUUUGAGGUGUAGCUCUUGUAAGGUUAAAUGAUGCAUGGUUGGAGCUGGUCCCAUAAUAAGCCUACUGAGUACAUUGUAAAACUGAAUGCAGAACUGGGAUUGUACUGGUACAAGUGGGCUCUACUCCUUCCCUCUGUGAGAUGCCUUCUUGAGCUUUGAUCUCUCUGCCUGCCCCUAUCUCUAUGGAUGCUACUGGAUUAGCUGCUUUAGUGUACAGAGGAACUGAAGAGUGUUGGAUUGGGCUGCUAAGUGCCAAGGGGGACUUGGCGGACCUUAGAAAUGGAAUGUUGAAAUCCAUGAGCAAUGUUUGCUAAACUUCCUAAAUAUUGCCUAGAUGGCAUGAGCUUUGGAAUGAGUGCUCUUUUGGUGGAAAGGCAAGAUAUAAAUUUAAUAAAUAAAACUUGUUAGAGCAAAUUCAUGAGGCAUUUCUAGAGUCUUUGGAUGGAAACAGAUGAUCAGCUUACAUGUGGUAAUAUAAUUUGUCUUUUCAAGAUGUGAUAUCGUAACAGAUUUUUCUGAGUUGUCGAAGUAUUUACUCCAGAUUUAUUGCGGCUAGCAUAAUCAGACUGAUCAGUGUCAUGCUAUUGGUUUGCUUUCAUUGGUGUAUUAGAUGUGAUGGAGACCUGUUUCUAUGCAGAAAUAUUUUGGUUUUGUAUUUUUUUAAAAAUCCAUCUUUGUCUUUCUCUUUUCUUCUCCGCACCAAUCAGGGCAAUCAAUAUGCAUUUCUGUUUUCGCCAAAACAAGCUUCAUCUGGUAUACUAAAGGCAUGGAAGCUACAACAACAACCAGUAAAUUUGCAAACUUUUUAAUUUUGUAAACUGAGUUUGGGAUAACACUGCAGCAGCCACUGCUGCCGUUGGAUUCUGUCAUGCUCUUUUAAUACUUUGUUUGAAGCAUCUAAUUCUUUUAAGUAGGAGCCUCCUCAGCUUCGCAGACUUCUUUCCCAACAUUCUGCCUCCUUGUCCUGUUCUGCAAUGCCAUGCUCAGUAUGUGACGAACUGGGGAGGCAAUGUGUCUCUUGAGUAGGGGAUCUAGUUUGGGGGUAGAGGUGAAGGGGUCUAGGUAGUGCUUUGCAAAUCCUCUUCAUCUAUAGAUUCAGGGAUGGGGAAAGUGAAUAGGUCCUUCUCCACCAUAGGUGUGGACAUUGCAUUUCAUUAGGGUGUGCACCCAGGGAUUUGUUUUUUUAAAGGCAAACAUUUAUUGAAUUCUCAAUCAUAAAAGGCAUUAUUUUUAUUAAUUUAUUUGUUAAACACUGUAGACACUGAUGCCCUACUCCUGGCUUGCCUGACUGCAGUAGGGACAUUGCAGGUAAGGGAGGGAGAUGAGGGCACACUCAAGCCCCAGCAUUGGUGGGGCUUUGUGGUGACACUGGUUAUUGGAGGGGCUUACGAGGCGAUAUUAGCUUUCCUGCUGCCAGGAGCAAUAGUGCACUCUUGGGGGCGGCAGCUGGAGGACUGUUCCCACCAGGUGGGUGAAAUCUUGGCAUGGUGUGCGCCCAGUAUCUUUUACAUGCACCUUUGUUGGUGCAAGAUUGGUCGGCACAGCUGUUCAGAAGAGGCCUAGUGGCGAGGGGCUGUGGCUCCGGACAGAGAGGCUCCCAGCAGAGCUAUUCCUUUUCAUUCUUGCUGUGAGUAGCAACGGUGCUCUCUCAGAGGCAGUGGUUCUUCCACUGCAUCAGGAUCCCCCUAUGGAUCCCUAUUGAAUGCUCCCCUCAAUUUGGUGUUUACCGCUUGAGACAUUAGGGUGUGCCUGUACACAACCGGCAUACCCCUUGUGCACACCUGUGUUCUCCACCCACACUAUAGCCCCACUUCUAAAAUUUCAAGGCCCUUUAAUCUAUUUUUUUCUAAAAUAGCCAUAGCCAACUGAAACUUUCUAGACCUCGCGCACUAAUAUUUACCAAUGUGGCUGUUUUUUUCUAUUUGGGAGUGGGGGUGGGGUUUGGUUAUCUGUUUAACAUUCUCAGGAACAGUAUGUUUGUGUUCUUGUCUUGCUGUUUUUCCCUUCCCAAGUCAUUGCAGCCUUGUACUCUGCACAUUACAGCCACCCAUCCUCUAUUACAAAUUCAAAACGUCCUCACACAGCUGAACAGCGAGUUCUCUUUUCUGUAGUUCCUUAGUUUGUUAGAUAUGCCACAUGGUAAGAACAUAAGAAGAGCCAUGCUGGAUCCAGACCAAAGGCUUAUUUAGCCCAGCAUUCUGUUCCCACAGCCGGCUGUGGGAAGUCCAGAAAUAGGACAUGAGCGCUAUAACAUUCUCCAGCCCAUACUGGCGAGUAAUAUAUAGCCAUCUAAAGAACCAUGCAAUUGGUUCCAGUUGCUGAGGGGAGUGGAUUGGGGAUAUGAGGAAAGAAGCACUGUGGAGUGGUGCUUCUCGGACUGUAAGCCCUGGGUACCAUCUAAGGUAUAUUUAUGAUUAGACUCUUCUCCCCCCACCUUCCCCCACUGUAUAUUUGAAGAGAAUUUGCUGCUUCUUUAUUUUAUAUCUCAUAAAGAUAUGCAAGUUCUUCUGCGUAGUCGUCACUCAUGCAAGUUGUUGGGGAAGGAAUGGAAAACUGUCCUCCCUAAAUGGUCCCCUCUGAUGUGAGGGUGCUUUUUUCCCCCUAAAAGAAAAAAGAUUGUAAAGCAUUUCAUUGUGUCCACCUGCCCACCUCUCUUCACGAGACCCAUUCUUCAGCAAUUUUCUUUGGAGUGGAUGUUUGACUUCAAGUGUAUGUCCUUCACUAUUCCUGAGGGGUUUCAGGAUUCAUUCAUAUUCAGUGUAUGUGUGCGGGCGGGUGUGCUUUUGGUGACAUCUACAUUAUUUCUAUGGGUAUACGAGUGCAGCUGUACAUAAUCAGCAUUCACUUUUAAAAAACCUUUCUCGUUAGUAUUAUUGUGUUAAUCCCCAAAUCAAGAAUACAAAGAGUUGUAUAUGUAGAAGACGUAUGCAGUGAUUAACAUCAGGACUACCAGAGGUAAACUGAAAUUUGAAGCAAUGUGUAAAAGUUUAAACAUGCCCUUGCUUGGAAUCUUGCAAUCCUUACAUUUUGCACAGAGCUUCUUCAACCAGAACUACAAUGAAAGUUUUGCAGCUGCAGAUAUCCCAUAAAUGUAUGUCCAUUCCUCUGUCCUGGGUUAUUUCAAAUGAACUGCUGACGAACCUGAUUAAAAUGUUUGGGCCAGAUUUUAUUUUAUUUUGUGGCUCCUUGUAAUAUUUGUAUAGAUUGUAUCGCCUAAAAUAUAUGGUAACUAAUUCAGUAAAAAAAAAAAAAAAAGUUAAAGUUUUAAGCAA